AUGCAAGAAAAGAUUUCAAAUGUUCCAAAGAAAAGUGUUGUCAAAAGUACUCAAAAGGAUAUUCAAAGUGAACAAAAAGAACAAGAGAAGGCAGUGUGCUCAAAACGAAUCAAUCCAAUAACUGGCAAAACGGAGAGUGUCGUUUUCGAGCGCAUUAAAGGGGAUUCCAAAGACGACACAACAGUUAUAGUACCCGUUCUUGCAGUCGUUAGGUAUUUCUGUGAACUUGGGCGUACUGAUGUUGAAGUGUCGAUAGGUAACUUGUUUGGGAAUUACAACCGCCUUCGGCAGAUAAAAGAAGAAGUGCAGAGUUACAACAAAAUUGUUAAAACAAAUGCACAGAAUUGUGAUGAAGCCAAACGACUGUUCAUGACGUCUUUUGUGGAGAAAGUGAGUACAAUUGGAUACACAAUAGCAAUUGACGAGCACAAGGAUGUGAAAGUUCCUGGCAUUGAAGAGGUUCUUAAAACAAUAGAAGAUGAAUUUGAUCAAUUAAUAACAGACGCGAGAAGUGAGUGUAAGAAGGCGUCUGGUGAGGUAGAGUAUAUGAAACUCCAAGAAGUAUACAAACCAGGUGACUUUGUGAUGAACGACAAGAUCACUGAAAUAGGGAACCUUCCAGUCGUCUUUUUAAUCGAAGACAGUCAUUAUGAUGUCCACCGGUCGAUGAUGUUGGGAAGGAAGUAUUACUUCUCGAUGCGCCUUAAAACAAUGGUACGAGGUCUUGAUGAGUAUCUCUCUGUAAGUUUUAAUGUAUCUAUUGGCGAGUGGAUUGGAAAACGUGCACUGAAAGACUUUGACUACCACCCAAUCAAGAAAUACGAAGCAAAAGUGUAUGAAAAGUACUAUGAAAUGAUUUCAAAAUUCAAGAGCACUCCCGUUUACAUGCACUACAGUGAGUUCUCGUUCUUCCCACAUCAAAGCAGAAUUGGAAAUUCACACACACAAACUGACUCUGCGACUUCAAAAGAUGGUUCAUUGGUGGUCGACAUGGAACUGACUGUAUCAUUGAACAAAAGUGUUGUUAAAGGGGUCAACGAGGCGAGUGAAGCAAUAGUUAAUGCAUUCUCAGAGUAUAAAAAGGUCCGCAAGACGUUUCCACCGACAUGCAGUGAGAGUGAAAGGAUAGAGCGGUAUAAGACAAAGGGAAUUGAAGUUCUCUGCUUAUUCCAUCACUCAGAAAUGCUGGGACAUGUUCUGGUCCCUCUUUUGAAUGCCAUUGAGAUCAGAAGUGUCGAGUGGAAUCAACUUGUACUUCCUUCUACUGUCAAAGAGUUAUUGGUUGCAACUGUGGCGUCCUCCGUCAAAGGGAGAAAGAUGAUACAGACAGAUGGACGUAUUAAUGAAAGUGACGCACUUGCUUUAAAUGUUCAGAAAAUGCUCAAAACUGAGAGCAAAUACAAGUCCGCCCAAAUACUGAAAACACGAGGAAAUGGCACACUCUUCUUGUUGUAUGGGCCACCAGGAACUGGAAAGACGUUAAGUGUUGAGGCGCUAAGCAUUUUGUUUGGUCGUCCGAUGUACCAAGUCUCAUUUGGAGAGUUGGGAACAACCAUCAGUGAGUUGGAAGAACGACUUGGCGACAUUUUGUUCUUGACAUCUCGAUGGGGAGCACUUGUUCUGUUGGACGAGGGUGAUGCACUCAUUGAGAAGAGGACGUCUGGCCAAUUUGUGAUGAACUCGAUGACUUCUGUGCUUCUGAGACUACUUGAAAACUUUGACGGGGCACUUUUUGUAACGAGUAACAGACCUCUUGCACUUGAUCCAGCUGCAUUGAGUAGAGUAACUUUGGCUGUUCACUUUGAGAAAUUAAAAGAAGAGUCAAAGGAAGAGAUUUGGAGGAAUUCUCUUGUUAAUUUGUUUGAAAGAGAAGUUAUAGAAGGGAUUGAAAGAGGAAGAAAUGGUGCAGAGGAAUACGUCGAAAAGAAUUUUGAUGUCAAAAAGUUAGGUACGUUUAAUGGCAGCGGAAGAUCUAUCGGCGCAAUCAUUAAACUUGCAGUUGCUCUUGCGGAACAAAGAAACAAAGAACUUUAUUUUGACAUCUUGAAAGACGCAAAUGAAGUCUUCACGAAAUUUAGUGACGACUUAAACAAAGACGGACUUCUUUUUGAAAAGGAAAAUUGGUGA